AUGUCACUCCCAACGCACUUCACGCUCAAUACCGGAGCCAAAAUCCCUGUGGUAGGGUUUGGCACCUGGCAGGCCAAGCCCCUCGAGGUCGAGAAUGCCGUGGAAGUGGCACUUAAGCAAGGAUAUCGACACAUUGACUGUGCUGCUAUAUAUCGCAACGAGUUGGAAGUUGGCAACGGAAUUCGCAAAGCCGGCGUCCCUCGGGAGGAAAUCUUCAUUACCGGAAAGCUGUGGAAUACGAAACAUGCGCCGGAGGAUGUCGAGGCUGCUUUGGAUAAGACGCUCAAGGACCUAGGUGUUAGCUAUCUGGAUUUAUAUCUGAUGCACUGGCCCUGUGCUUUCAAAUCUGGUGACAAGUGGUUUCCCCUCAACGAAGACGGCGUGUUCGAGUUAGCGGAUGUCGACUACAUCACCACCUACAAGGCCAUGGAGAAAUUGCUAUCGACAGGGAAGGUGCGCGCAAUUGGUGUCUCUAACUUCACCAUUCGCCGCUUGGAAGAGCUCCUCAGUCAGGUUUCAGUCGUCCCAGCCGCCAAUCAGAUCGAAGCUCAUCCUUACCUGCAACAAGCAGACCUCCUUCGGUUCUGCCAAGAAAAGAAAAUUAUUGUGGAGGCUUACUCGCCUCUGGGAAACAACCAGACCGGCGAGCCACGGGCGGUCGACGACCCUUUGGUACACAGCGUUGCCGGAGAACUAAGCAUGGACCCUGGCCCACUGUUGGCUAGCUGGGGGGUCCAGCGUGGCACUGUGGUCCUGUCCAAGAGUGUCACCCCGUCUCGGAUUGCGGCUAACCUCCAAGUGAAGCACUUAUCGGAGGAUGCGUUCGCCCGCCUUUCCUCCCUCGAGCGCCACAAGCGUUUCAACUUCCCCGCUUUCUGGGGCUACGAUAUUUUCGAGGAGGUGGGCGAGGAGGCUGUCCGCAAGGCGGCGCUAGAGGCGGGUCCUGUGAACAAGACCAAGUUCACCGUAUAG